GUGCUUCCUGUGAGUUGGCAGCAGGAGUUUGCUACUUCUCCUUGUAAACCCUACGAUCUCUGCACUGCGAGGACAACAACACACACGGUCCUUUACUAUGGAGGCUGCAGCCAAGUACGACUUUGAAGCUACAGCUGAUGAUGAACUCAGCUUCAGAAAGGGAGAGAAAUUGAAGAUUCUGCAGACCACUGGGAACUGGUACAAAGCAGAGCUGAAUGGAGCUGAGGGGUUUGUACCCAGAAACUUCAUCAGCAUUCACCUGCCCAGCUGGUACCAGGAAGAUGCCAGUCGCAGUGACGCAGAGGAGAAGCUGAUGACACAACCUGUGGGGGCCUUUCUGAUACGAGGCAGCCAAAGUGCAGCCCUGGGUGACUUCUCUAUCUCUGUCAGACAUGCAACAGAUGUACAGCACUUCAAGGUGCUGCAGGAUGGGAGAGGGCAGUAUAAGCUGUGGUCAGAAAAGUUCCCUUCUCUCAACCAGCUGGUGGAAUUUUAUAAAAAAAACACUGUCUCUAAACACACUCAGAUAUUUCUACAGGAGACACAACAACAGCAGAGAGGAAGCUCAGACAAUCUCCCACCUCUCCCUGCUUCUCUCCAUACUCCUCCAGUGCUCGACCGCCCAUGUAAACCUGCACCAAGACAGCACAAAGCUUCCUCCACCAGGAAGGUCAAAGCUCUGUACAGUUUCCAUGCUGAAGACACAGAUGAGCUGGAGUUCAGCGUCGGCGAUAUCAUCGAGGUCCUGGAGUGCUCUGACCAGGCCUGGUGGAGAGGCCAGCUGAGGGGCAGGACAGGCCUGUUCCCCUCCAACUACACCAGCCCCAUCUGACAGGAGCACACAAAUAAAGACAAACAGGUGUUAUAUUACAGUAACGUUUUAUUCCAGUUAAUGCCUAAUGCUAACACUCUCAACUUAACCCUGAACCUGCAUGAAGUCUUCAAUAGAAUAGAAAAAUAUAAAACUGGUUGUUUGUCAAACUGCUUUCAAAGAUUUAACACAUGAAGUUUAUAUAUUGGGUUCAAUAUUUUAUAUAUUUAUAACAUACAGCAAUCCUAAACAUGAUGAAUUUGAUUCCAAUACAUCUGGAAAAAGUGACAUCUGCUUUUACAAAGUGACUGAUAACACAAAAUAAUCAAACCAAUGCCAUGGUCGUGUACUGUGUCAGUUAUACUGUAACACUGCUGUCCUUUAUUCCACUGAAUUUGGUCUGAGUAUUUGACAUAAACUAUAACCUGCAAUAUAAAAGAUAUGAAUAUGUCACAACA